GCUGUUCGGAUUCUGAAUAUAAAUCCAGGUGAAUCGGUACAACAAACAAAAGUUUUGGAUAAAGGUAAUAUGUAGACAAAUGUUUACACUGCCGUUCAUAAAGCAGUGUUUGUACAGAUUGAUAAUUUCAUUCUGUAUAUAAAAGUGUGGAGGCUGGCCACGUUGACGGGCACAUACAAAACAGCAGAGGCGCUUCAGUGAAGAAGUGCCGUGAGAAAGAUUUGAUCUCAUUCUCACAACCUCCGCCUCAUCCGGAUCGCAUCCUACUGCACAGCUCUCAACUCAACUGCAAUAGAAUGGCAAUGUCCAGUAAAGCGACUUUAGCAUUAUUCAUCUACGGGAUCAUAAUGCAUUGCAGCAUCUACUGUUCACCUACUGGGCUUAGUUAUCCUAAAAUUAGACUUGAAAAUGAAGUAUAUGAUGAAGACGGAAACUCAUUACCAGACUUGGCUUUUGACAGUGAUCAGAUUGCUAUACGAAACCCUCCAUCUGUCAUUGAUGAUGUGUAUACAUUAUAUUACCCACCAGAGAAGAGAACAGAAAGACAUGCUGAUGGAAUAUUUAAUAAAGCCUAUAGGAAGGUGCUGGGUCAGUUGUCAGCAAGAAAAUAUCUACAUUCUCUGAUGGAAAAGCGUGUAGGUGGAAUCAGUAGUAUGGAGGAAGAUUCAGAACCUUUAUCCAAAAGACACUCGGAUGGCAUCUUUACAGACAGCUACAGCCGCUACAGGAAACAAAUGGCUGUCAAGAAAUAUCUUGCUGCAGUCCUGGGGAAAAGCCCUGAAGACAUUAAUUUUGAGCAUUUGCUACUGGACAUGUUUGAUGCCCUGCUUCAUGGGGAUUAUGGUGCUUGUGAUUGGGGACAAUGGCUGAAAGCGCCCCCCCCAUCGGCUAUGUGACGCAGGAUGCAGCUUGCAGCUUUGGUGCCUUGCUUCGACUUUAAAAUCGCCACGAUUCACAGAUGGCUAUUUAGUGGCCCUACAAUGCUGCAACCCAUCAGCUUACAUUUCUUUUAGUGGUAAUUAUUGUAAUGCGCUGAAUAUUUAUUUUAGUAGUGUCAGGAUUAGGCUUGAAAGUGCGUUCACUUUGAAUUUGUUUAGGAGUUCUAGUUUAUAUUUUUAAAUGGCUGCAAGCAUUAUGAUAAUCGUAAUUAUAUUGUGUACAUUUUUUGAAGCGCCAAAAGCCUUACAAAACUAUAUAUAUAUAUAUAUAUAUAUAUAUAUAUAUAUAUAUAUAUAUAUAUAUAUAUAUAUGAAGCACUAUUAAUAGUUGUGGAUAAUUUAAAAAAAGCUUACUCUUGUGUGGAAAAUGGAUUUUAACAAAGCAUCAUUAUUUAAAUACACACGUAACAUUUAUAAAUGUCUAAAGUGUUGUAAAAUUUGUAUGAAUAAAUUUUUGUAAACAACA